AACAACGACAGCAGUGUAUCAUAAAAAAACAAAUAGCUGACAUUCCUAACUCUAACCGGAAUAACUAAUAUACAAUAAAACUGAAUUUCAUUAAUUCGCUUUAACAUGGAUAGUGUGGCUCCGUCAGAGGCUAAUAACAGUAGCUUAGAAGGAAGCUCCGAUGAACUGUCACCAGAAUAUUUACAAAGAAAGUUGUACUUUCUUGUGGAUAAGUUGAAGACAAUGCAAAAUCAAUUACCUGAAAUCUACCAAUCCCGCAUAUCAUACGAACUACUUACUGAAUUGGCCAACUCAUUGCUCAAUGAUACCAUCUUCGAAAUCGUAAAGGGAUUAAUGGAGAUACAGCAUGUGACUGAGAAACACUUGUACCAACUGAGAGAACAAGUGCAGAAUGAGUACGAGAUCGAAGUACAGGAUUGGAUAUCAAAAAUUAGUGACGAAGAGGAGUUGCAACACAUUUUACAAUUGAUGAAAAUUAAGCACACCAAAAAGAUGAGAGAAACCGACAUGAAACUCAUUGCCUUGUUGGAUGAGAAAGUUCGCGAUCAGCAAUCUACCCUUCACAAAGCCUGUGUAGCCGGCUUCUAUGUUACAGACAAUCCCAAAGAGAUUAAAAUACAAAUGUUUCUUUUAGAUUUUAUUAUACGCUUAUCACGCAUUAAAUUUUAGCCAAAUAAAUAGGACCGACUUUUUUCUGUCUUUUAAAAAAAGUUUA